GUUUGAAUGCAUGAAAAUUGGGCAGCUGACAACGGCACUAUUUUUUGUUUUUACAUUUAUCAAGCAAAUGUGCCAAAAAUCGGCGUUUUUUAAUCCCUUCUGUAGUUAAAUGUGAUUUCUGAACGCGUUUGAAUAAUCCCGCGGUUUAAUAAAGCUGAAUAAACAUUAAACCGCAUCAGCAAGACUCGAACCUGUGACGCCAGUUGAAUCUUACGCCCCCUCCCUCCUUCUCUCUCUCUCUCUCUCUCUCUCUCAGUCAGUCUCUGGUUCAUUAGAGAUCAUGUCAGGAUGGGAGGAUGAUGAAGAUGAUGGCUCUCUGGGUUUCUCUCCGUGAGCUGCGGGCCGGAAGGUGAAAUCAGCGUCUUCUUCUUCAUCACUGAAGACUGAAAGAGCUCGAGAGGAUGAAGAACGAGUGAAUGAAUGAACGCGCUGUCUGAACCUUCCAGAAGUCCAGAUGGAGCAGGAUGUCGAGAGCACCGUCACGGUUCGACAGCCCAAGCUACCCAAGCAGGCGCGGGACGACGUCCCCAAACCGCUGCAGGACAGGGAGCGCGCCAAGCAGAAGAUCCAGCGCUACGUCCGCAAAGACGGCAAGUGCAACGUGCACCACGGAAACGUGCGGGAGACCUACCGCUACCUGACGGACAUCUUCACCACGCUGGUGGACCUCAAGUGGAGGUUCAACCUGUUCAUCUUCGUGCUGGUUUACACCGUGACGUGGCUGUUCUUCGGCUUCAUGUGGUGGCUGAUCGCUUACGUACGAGGAGACCUGGAGCACAUAGGGGACAACCAGUGGACUCCUUGCGUCAACAACCUCAACGGCUUCGUGUCUGCGUUCUUGUUCUCGAUAGAGACGGAGACGACCAUCGGUUACGGCCACAGGGUGAUCACCGACAAGUGCCCCGAGGGCAUCGUGCUGCUGCUGGUGCAGUCGGUGCUGGGCUCCAUCGUCAACGCCUUCAUGGUGGGCUGCAUGUUCGUGAAGAUCUCGCAGCCCAAGAAGCGCGCCGAGACUCUGGUGUUCUCCACCAACGCCGUCAUCUCCAUGCGCGACGGCCGGCUUUGUCUGAUGUUUCGCGUCGGAGACCUUCGGAACUCGCACAUCGUGGAGGCGUCCAUUAGAGCCAAACUGAUCAAGUCCAAACAGACCAAGGAGGGAGAGUUCAUCCCUCUCAAUCAGACGGACAUGAACGUGGGCUACGACACAGGAGACGACCGGCUCUUCCUGGUGUCUCCGCUCAUCAUCUGCCACGAGAUCAAUCAGCACAGCCCCUUCUGGGAGAUCUCCAAAGAGCACCUGGCCCAGGAGGAGCUGGAGAUCGUGGUGAUCCUGGAGGGCAUGGUGGAGGCCACAGGAAUGACGUGUCAAGCGCGCAGCUCGUACGUGGCCAGCGAGAUCAAGUGGGGCUACCGCUUCACGCCGGUCCUGACCCUGGAGGACGGUUUCUACGAGGUCGACUACAACAGCUUCCACGAAAUCUACGAGACCAACACUCCCAGCUGCAGCGCGCGAGAGCUGGCCGAAAUGACGGCGCGCUCCCGUCUGCCGCUCACCUGGUCGGUGGCCAGCAAACUGAGCCAACAGGGGCUGCUGGACUCGCAGGAGGAGCCGCGGGAGAAGAGGAGCGGCGGCGGCGGCGGCGGCGAGGCCGAGGAGCUGACGGAGAGGAACGGAGACGUGGCCAACAUAGAGAACGAGUCGAAAGUGUAGGAGCACACGCGAAUCUCUCCUCGCCUCUGCGCCGGUGCAGCCGGAUGAGUUUGGCUGAGGUCAGAGGUCAGAGGUCAGCUCAGGAAAGCGCCCCGAGGCGGGCCGAGGACACGGACCCCCAUGUCACGCGCUUCUCUUUUUCUCGUCCCGAAGGACGCGCGCGGGCGACUGCAUGGUUCCCGAAACCAGUUUUUUUUCUUAAAGAUAAGAAAUGAUAUUUUCAGAUUUGUAAUUCAAAGAUUAAAACCUAUAUAUGUAUAUGAAUAUAUAUAUAGAUCUAUUCUAGGGCAUUUGCAUUUGUAUUUUUUGUAUAUAUCUGCUGGGUUGGAGAUCUGUGAGGUUGUUUGAUACGACGCGCGGUCGUGUGUUCUGCCUUCUGGAAUAGCGACAGACCUAUUUAUCCACGCAUGUACAAACGAUCCCUGUAGUCGACAGACUCCGAUGUACAUAGUUUGCAGUACUGUAGGCCAUACUAGCGGACGCGCAGCAGAUCCGAACCGGAUGCAAACCGGACUCCCCGAGAGAGGACGGCGGUGCGCUCGCGUUGCAUGGGAUUGUGGGGCUGACGAUGGCGUGCGUGCGUGCGUGAGCGUGCGAGCGUGUGUAAUCGUGCAUGUCUGCUCCGAUAACCUUCCGUACCGUCAUCAGCCAUGAGCUUUCUCUCUUCCUUUAACUCAUAUUCGCAAUCGGAUGAAGAACUUUCGAAGGGACCCGAUGCUGCGUGCGUUUGCGCGAGUCUCUCCGCGACGCUUCUGUUCGUUCGCUCGAACGGCAGCGGCAGACGUGAGUUUUGACCGCGAGACACAUCGGCGUUCACUCGCACACGAGACCAAAGAGCCGAACCCUCACGUCACUAACGAACGCCUCACCGCUUAUCGAUUCCGGCGCGUGACCCUCGCAUUUCAUUUCACGCAAAUGGAAACGGGGCUGCGAUCACGUGGCGCGGGAGUCGCAGAUGUCUGAGGGAUAUGUAUUGGUGUAUUGGCAGACAGUUGUGUAGUGUGAAAAGUGAUCUAAAGACUUGAACUCUUUUUUUCAAAAGUUGCCAGGCAUUGCCAGCAUUUUGAAUCAUUUUCAAAGCUUUCAUAGCUCCACGAAUAUUUUAUUGCAUGAAAUAUUUUGUUAUCUGAACAUGAAAGACAGGGCCUCUGCUUCUGCAACAAAAAUACACCACGCAAUCUUUUUUUAUCACUUGAAUGUGGGUGAGUUUCAUGAAGAAAGCAAUAUUUUGAACAAAAAGCUGAGAAAAUCAUGUUUUUGUCAGAGUCUGUCUGGAUAGGGUUCAGAUCAGUGAUUAAAAUAUAGAGUCCAUCACUUCUGUCAACACAUCCAAAGCGUCACAGUCCUAAAUCACUUGACAUUUCAUUUGGUAAUGUUAAGCAGAUUAGAUUUAUAUAACAUUUAAUGUUAAUAAUCACGCUAUUUUGCAUGAGCAUCUACUUACAUAUGCGUUCGCAUGUUUCUUCUGCUUCUUUGCCGUGUUUUGUUCCAGACAUUCAGUACUCUUUCAGAAGAUGUGUAACAGCGCCUCCUACCGUGUAACAGUGAAAACAGAAAGCUGGAAAAUUCCUUCAGUGGCGGAGAAAGAGUUGAAGGUCGUGUACUAUAUAACAGGGAACGUUCACAGAACUUUAGCUAAUAUUCUACCCAGGUUCUUUUAAAGUUAUGAACAAAUGUUCUUUCAGUAACAUUAAUAGAACAUUUCUUUAAAGUUAUCUGAUCUUUAAGGCGUUUAAUCCCAAAUUUUUCCCAGACAUGACAAAAAACCAAAUGAUGUGUCAUGAGUAACCCUCUGAAAUAAUCCAUAAUUAUUUUUUGAAAUAAUUUUUGGAAAAGUGUGUGGAAAAAAUAGAGUUUUAUAAUGUGGGACUGGAUAAUGUGUGUACUAAAUGAACAUAUUUCUGCAGUCAUAAAAAUGGUUAGCCCAGCUUUUUUAAAUCACAUUCUAGGGUUACUAUUAUGCAUUAACACUGAGGUUAAAAAAAAUAUAUAACCAACAACAUAUUUCAAAAUUGUUACUUUUUUGUAACACGUAUCAUCAAAUUGUUAUGUAAGUGCUAGCAGUAUUACAACAUCAAUAUUGUAACUUAUCUGUAACAGUUGAACUUUUAAUUUAGUGAACCUAAGUUCCCUGUUCUCCCACCGCUCACUGUUGUGACCAUCGACAUGUUUACUCAUUCUGUGACCACACAUUUAACAAAACUGAAUAUAUGUGAAUUCAUAUAUUCAUAGUAGACGCUUUAAAGAUAAUGUGUACUAAAAAUCUUUGUCAUAUGUUAAUGUUAACAUUCGUUUUGGGGCUUUGAUGCAGUCAUCAUCUUCUCAAGGUGCAAACAGGAAAUAAACUGCUCUGGUAAUGUGACAAUUUGCACUAAUCAUGUGAAACUGCACAUUUUUAAUUGAGACGCUUCAUUUUUUUGAACUUAAACAUCAGUCAGUAAGGUUUUUAGAGCUUUAUAAAUGAAAACCUUUUGGCUAUUGUGACCGGUGGGAUUAAAUGGGUUAAAAAUGUUCUCAAAACUAAAGUACUAAAACAUUAUUUAUACAUUGUUAAUAGAAAGUUUCUUUUUCUAAAAUGUUUUAUUUGGAUGUCCAUCUAACGUUUUGUUUUUUUUUUGUUUUGUUUUUUAAUGUUACUUGUUUCAGAACAUUCAGAAGUAACAUUCCCCCUAAUGUUUGCAUUAGCAUAACAUUCUUAGACCAUAUUUUUGUUAGCUGGAUAGGAGUUAAACAUGUCUAAUAAUGAUCUGUGCUACUGAACAGGAACACACUCUAAAUGUGCACUGAACAGCACUCUGAAAACCGCUGGGUUAAAAACAACCUAGCGCUGGGUAAAAUAUAGACUAACCCAGCGAUUGGGUUAAAUGUUUAACACAACCUUCUCGGUAAUAACCCGACCGCUGGGUUGGUCUAUAUUUUACCCAGCGCUAGGUCGUUUUCAGAGUGAUCAGAGUGUGAUGAAUCUCUGUUUGGACUCAUUAUUUGAUCAGACUCGCAGCAAAUUGAAUUAGAAAUGCUAAAUUGCCGUUUUUAUUUUAAAUGAUGAGGUGAUGUGACGGCAGUAUAGUAAACUGUUUAUGAUGGACUGACGGCGCGGUUUGACACUGCGGUGUUUUGCGCAGCCUCGUUUUCAUUGCGUCAACUCAAAUGCGCGUCUGUCUGAGACCGGUCCGUGACGCCCGACGCUCUCCCGCUCCGCUAUUAGUCCGGAUUCUGCUGUUUCCACCACAGAAUAAACAGAUCAAGCAGGUGACUGGAACUUUUCAUCUCUCUAUUCGAAUUUUCUAACGAUUUUUAUGACAAGUGCAAGUUUGUAUCGCAUAAUUCAGAUUUUCUCACAUUCCCGACUUUUCUUCUCUAAAUGAUUUCGGUCUCAGCAUUUUGACUUUUUGCUCUCCAUUGUACAUUUAUAUCUCAUAAUUCAUACUUUUUUCUCGCAGUUGUGAGUUAACAUGUCUGAUUUUUAUUUUGUGGUGGAUACGAGGAGGAUUCUGUCGUGCCGCAGCUCGCGCCGCUUCAUCUGUCGGUGUGUUCGGUGGAUGAGCGGCGUGACGCGUCGGUCUGGAGGGAGCUGGAGGGAGAAUCAGACGACGAGCUCUUUCGGAGAGCCUGUCCUCCAAUAAUCCUCUACAGUAAAGACUGGAACAUUCCGCGCUCCGUACGUUUGAUGAAGUGCCCUUUAAAGCGCCCUGCUGACACGAAGCCAUUCAAACACGUCUCACGUCACAUCAGAUCCAGUCGUUCCUUCGUUUCUGUUGAGUUCGAUCACUCGAGAAUAUGAAAUCAGGAAUAUGAACAUUUUAAUGUCUUCAGAUCCUUCUCUAAAGCUUCUUUCACAAGCCAUAAUAUGGUACAUUAUACACAGUGUUUAUACAGAUUUAGCGCGCAUACGACGGCGACUCAUUCUGAUUUUCUUGUUGAUUUAGAUAAUUACUCUGUGUCACAAGAAGCUCAUAAAUAAACCAUAUCUAAAUAUUGA